AUGCGUCGGCUAAAUCUACUACUUUUGCCCAUUUUCGUGUGCCUCACAUAUUAUACCCAAAUUGUAUCAUCUACGUUUGUCGAUAGUCUGAUGUGUCAAACAAAAAUAGCAUGGUUCAAGCUACGACCGUUUAUUACCGAUGUUGCCAUUGAUAAAGAACUGAAGAAACUCAAGUUUUUUAUGAACUCGCAAGUGCUCAACUACUUUGGAAACAAUAGUGACACAAAUGCAGCCAUUACCAACUUUAACGAGACGACAGAUUUAUACACCACUUUUCGAGUCAAGGUAAACUACAUGGGACGACAAAUUAUCGAUGAAACGAAAAACUUUUGUGAUGUUGUGUCGGUUAAAGAUACUCCUGCGUACAGAACUGGUCCAAGAUUUGUAUCGGAGUCAAUCAAUCUGAGCAGCUUUUUACCUAGAGACACAAUUCCCGAAUUACAUUUGCAAGAAACCUUUAACAACAACUCCUUAAUUGGACACUUUAAUGACACUGAUUUGGGAUCAUCCGACUCUACUAUUUCAGAAUUAUUCUCCAAUGCCACUGGUGAGUUGGUACAAUGUCCAUUAUAUUACAACGACUCAAUCAUGAUUUACUAUGAAGCUGAUAUUAGUCAACAUUUCCAUCGAUUUGGUUCAUACCAAGUGACAUUCAUCGUUUACGACAAUAACGAAUCAAGGGAUAUUAUAGGAUGCAGUAAAUCUUACAUCACAUUGAUACAGCCGGCCUUUAUCGAUGACGUAAUUAAUAUUGGCGUCUUGGUGCUAUUGAUCACCACCUUGGUUGUCAACACAUUCACCGUGACAUAUUCGUCAUAUCAAGAAUCAACAAACCCGUAUUUGUUUAAGGCAUCCACAAUAUGUAAUGCAAAGCUUUUGAAGCAAGGUGACGCAAGCUUAUCGGGCAUUAUAACCUACCUCCAAUAUGCCCUUUUUCUUGGCGGAUUGGAUCUACUGUACCCUGGCUUUUAUCAACCAAUGAUUGGCCAAGUUUCUUGGUGUGCAUUGAUUGAUUUCAUUUUGGUGAAGCAAGAAUCAACUAGUCAUCAAAUUCAAUCAGAUGACGGAGUAUAUGUGACACUUUCGGCAGGAGGAUUGCCAAGCUUGACACAAUACAACUCACAAACGCGAAUAGGAGAUAUUUGGCCAAACUUUAUGGCUGACUUGGGCAUGGUUAUGUUGAUGGCAAUUGUUUUGAGACAGUUACUUUUCUUCUUGAAGAAAUGUCUUGACAAAAUAUUGAAACGGCAUUACCAUAAAUCACUAGUUAAAAAUCCAUCAGCAGUUGUGUUUUUAUCGAAAAAGAAUUUGUAUUUGGUAGUAGGGCAAAUCCUACAAAUUUGGCUUUCGGUAUUUGGGAUGCCGUUUCUUGUGUUGAGCUUGUUUAUGUUCCUUGCUGCUAAUGACUUGAACGGUAAACAUCGCUAUUUUGCAAAUUACCAUGACCUAAAAAAAGGCGCAUUAUCAUUCACAACACCCUAUGACGAAUUGCGAAUUCCACACAAGUUGUUUUCUUUUGGCGAAACUUUUGCUACUCCCUGGGGAGAUUACAUAACUGGAUGGGGUAAUUCCACUGGAGCUGUCACUUCCAAAGUCAAAAGAGCAACUUUAUUUACUCCGUCAUCACCAUCAUCAUCAUCAUCAUCACCAUCUGGGCAGGAACCAGGUACAGGUGUUUUAAGUCGAUUCGGCUCUAAUGCUCAAUAUAUCAAUGGAACUUCGCGGUAUCAUGACCACACUAGCAGUUAUUUGAAUAUCCCCAAUGUCAGCUUAUCACUAGCGUCCAUACUACUAGCUGUGUGGCUCGGAUUGGUGCUUUUUUUCAUUUUCCAUUACUUGAUUUCAAUCUAUGGCUGGCUCAAGAUUAAAACGUCAUCGAAUGUUUCUAAAUUGUACACCAGUUUGAAAUCGAUUUUAAUUUGGUCGUUUUUGUAUCAUAAGUAUAAACCACAACGAGUCACUUAUGUCAUAUUCGACAUAGUCAUCAUGUUUGUCAAUCUGGUUAUUGUUGGUGCACUUCAAAACAGUGGUGUUACUCAAGUUUCGUGUUUGAUUGUUACUUCUGUUGUCGAAUUGAUAGCUUUGUUUACGUUGAAACCGUUUUUUGUCCCCAUUACUCCAUGGUCUUCACAAUUUAUGUUUCCAGUGGCCAAAUUUUUGUGUACAACACUAUGCAUCCCAUUUAUUUCAUCAGUCAAUGCUAGUGAAGCCGUUAAAACGUACGUGGCGUAUAUUCAAUUGAUUAUCCAUAGUGUUGUGGUUAUUAUAUUCACCACUCAGUUGAUUUAUUGGUUAAUCAGAACAUGUAUUUCCAUAUACAAGUCUCGAAUCAAGGCUCAACCCAUACUUCAACAAGUUAGCGCCAUCAAUAGUCAAGAAGAAUUUGAAGGACAAUUUGAAUACAAAGCAGUAGUUUCACCAUUCACUCAAGUGAAACGACAAAUCACCAACGAGUCGUACCGUAAUCCAGCUUGGAUAUCAAGUGGUGACGUUGCUGAUGAUGAUGGGAUGUCAUCUAUUGGCGAAGAUGAGUUUUUAUUCCGCAGUCGUGGAACUCGACUUGCAGACAUCAAUGAGGGAUCGAAUGAUCAAAUAAACGCUACUGGCAAUUCUGACUCUUUUUCCAUUCAAUCAUCAUUUGUUCAACAAUUGCGAGAGUCUGAAUUGCGCAAAUUGAAGAAUGAUUAUCGAGUACGUGAAAUUGAUAAAGUUUACGAAAAGUAUUUUGUCAAUGAUGAAAUUGAUCCUGAAGUUAAAGAGUUAUGGGAGAGUCGAAAAUUAGCCAAUGGAAUUUUCCACGGGGCGUAUUGUUCCGGAAGCAGCAGCAGCAGUGGGGGUAACCAUUGUCGAAAUGGUGGUGGUGCAAAAGAGGAAAAACGUUCCUCGUUGUUGGGAAUCAGGUUGAGAAAUAUUGUUAAUAAACAACAACCAAAACGAAUGGAACGUGCAUUCGUUGUUUCUCGUCCUCGACCUUUGAUUGUAAAAACUUUGGAAGAGGUGCAAUCAGGAAAACAAAACAAACAAGAACCGGAUACUAGUGGAGAUUCAUCCAUGGAAAACACUUACCCUGUUUCCUCGAUUGAUUAUCUGAUUGAAAAAGAAAAAGCCAAAUAG